AUGCCCAAAAGAACUACCCUCACUGAUGCCCAAAAAUGUAAACUUUGUAUAUAUGCUCAUGACAAUAAAUCGACUCGAUCCCAGUAUGUUAAUUGGAUAGAAAAUAAAUGGGGUGUUAGAGUUGAUGAAAAUGAACGAAUUAGCUCUGAAAUUACUAAUCCUGAUGCCAAGUGUCACAGAGCGGUAACAUAUCUAGCACUUGACUAUGCCCUAAAAGAAUUUGUGUUAAUUUACCAGAAUAAACCAAUUUUAAGUGAUGCAAUACUUGUUGAAAAAGCCAAAAUAAUUGCCAAUGGCUUGGGAAUUUCUGAGGGUGCGUUGAACUUUUCCCAUGGCUGGCUUGAUAAGUUUAAAGAUCAAAACAAUAUUUGUCAACAUAAACUUGAAGGAGAAGCGGAGUUAGCUGAUGUAGCAGCUAUUAUUAGCACCUUACCUGCUCUAAGAAACAAGUUAGAACCCGAUCGAUCAUUAGCAACUCGACAUCUUUCUGGAUGCAAAGUAGAUAGGGAAUGUCUCUCAAUUGCAUUAUGUACAAAUGCUGAUAGCUCUCAUAAAAUGGUCUCUCUUAUAAUUGGCAAAUAUGCCAAACCACGCUGUUUUAAAAAUAUUAACCUUAAAAAUUUAGCUGUUAUGUAUAAAAACAGUGCCAAGGCAUGGAUGAUUACUUCUCUUUUUCAAAUGUGGCUUCAAGAGUUUGAUCAUCAAGUUGGUUUAAACUGGAUAUUAGAGCAUGUGGAAAAGGGUGAACAAGCUGAUAAUCUAAAAAUGGAUGUAUUGCAGGCUAUACAUUACAUCGUUCAAGACUGGGAAGAAGUUACUGCUAAAACAAUGUAUAACAUUUAUCAAACCGUGGAUCCAGUGCUUGAUGAUUUUACUAAUGCACUUGAAGACCUCCAUAUUCAUCUUUCUAACCCAAUGCUAGUUGAAGAAUUUCUUUCUAUUCCUGCAGAAGAUAUUGUUUACAAAAUUCCUGAGGACAACCAAGUUAUUGAAGAACUUAUAAAAACUUUCAAGCCAGUCGAUCUAACUUAUGAUGACUCAGAAGAUAAUAGUAUCAAAAUUUCUUUAAUUAGUCUUAAUAUGGCAAUUGCAAGCUUGGAAACUGUGUGCAUGUUUUUGCUUCAACAAGAUGAAGCAAACAA